CAAAUGUUCGCUAAACAAACUACAGUAUUACACGUCUUAAUGUAAAGACAAUUAUGCCUUGGCUGCUAUAGACAUUAUUUAUCCCUCUUUAUCCCUUAUACGAUGAAACCCAUUUCAGACCACUAUUAAGACUUUUGCCAUUGAAUCUCUUGAGAGAACUCCUGGCAAAAUUUGCUCAAUUUUGUGAACAAAAUGGAGAUGUCUAAAACUGAAUGGGAGGAAAUACUAGGAAGCAAUCAGUGGAAAGGCUUACUCGAACCACUUGAUUUAAACCUUCGGAACCUGAUACUCCGGUGCGGCGAUUUUUGUCAAGGAACAUACGACUCAUUCGACAGCGAUGAACACUCUAAAUACUGCGGUAGUUGUCGUUUUGGGAAAACUGGGUUUUUCAAGAAAGUUGCUAACAAGUUGGCAGAAAAUGAUUACAUCGUCGAUUCGUUUCUCUAUGCAACAUCGAAAAUCGACCUCCCAAAAGCUUUCUUAUGUUUCUCGUACUCCGAUGAAGCUUGGAGCACUGAAUCUAACUGGAUUGGUUACAUCGCAGUUAGCACUGACGAAGCUAGUGAAAGAUUAGGAAGACGGGAAAUAUAUGUAGCGUGGCGUGGAACGAUAAGAACACUUGAAUGGAUGAAUGUUCUUGAGGCUGUGCAGACGUCAGUUAAGCCGUUAUUGAAGCCGGAAACGCUAGCUACAACUACUAAGGAUGAGCGCCAUUGGUAUGAUUUCUUCACCUGCAAAAAUGACAACGAUGAGGACGGAGACGAUGAAGAUGAUGAUCAACCAAAAGUUAUGAAAGGUUGGCUUGCAGUUUACAACUCUGAUAACCCAAAUUCCCAGUUCACCAAGUUAAGUGCAAGAACCCAGUUGCUUACAAAGAUACGAGCACUAGUGACCAAGUACAGAGAUGAAAAUGUAAGUGUAGUACUUACAGGUCAUAGUCUGGGUGCAAGUUUAGCGAUUUUAAGCGCGUUUGAUUUGGUCGAGAACGGAUUAUCUAAAAUUCCGGUGACGGCUAUCGUAUUUGGUUCCCCACAGAUAGGGAAUGAUGCAUUUAAGGAUAGGCUGGAUUCGUUUUCUAACCUGCGGAUUUUACACGUAAAGAAUGAAAUCGAUCUUCUAACUCACUAUCCUAGUAAGUUAUUGGGGUAUGCUUAUACCGGAGUGGAGCUUGUGAUUGAUACUCGCAAAUCAAAAAGUUUGAAGGAUUCGAAAAAUCCAAGUGAUUGGCAUAAUCUACAAGCUAUUCUCCAUAUAGUUGCAGGUUGGAAUGGUAAGGACGGAGAAUUUGACUUGAAAGUGAAGAGAAGUGUUGCAUUAGUUAACAAAUCGUGUGAUUAUUUGAAGGAUGAGAUUUUAGUUCCGGGUUCAUGGUGGGUUGAGAGGAACAAAAGAAUGGUGCUUAAUGAAGAUGGGGAAUGGAUUAUGGCAAUUCCGGAUGAAGAGGAUUUACCUGUACUUGAAGAGUACUGAUGUAAUUUCAUUUAUUUUGAUGUUUACAUUGCUGAAAGGGGUUGUGCUUGUGCGUCUUUGUUGAAUUUCUUUUGUGGAAUAAGGCGUUAUUGUUGCAUGAAGUCUGUCGUGUUUUUGUUUUGUUGGUCUGUCGGCAGACGACAUUGGUUCGGAAUCCAGGUUGCGGGUCUUAACACCCAACGAACUCUA